CUUGUUCUAGAUUCUAGAAGCUUAACCUCCUUCAUCGUUCCUUCGCCGAAACCCUAAUUGCAUCGACGAUCAUCUCAUCUUGCUUAGUUUCCUGGGAACUUGUCGUUUGGCGGGUGUUUAUUUGUAUAAUAUUCGGCAAUGGCUGCAAAGAUUCUUGCCAACUUGAUUGUUAUGGGCUCUGGAAUACUGGCCCGAGCUGUGGUUCAAGCCUAUCGCCAGGCACUUGCAAAUGCUGCAAAAUCUGGUGUUGCUCAAGAAACUGUACAGAAUAUCAGGAGAGCAGGCAAAGUUAUGACUGAUACAGAGGCCAGACAGAUUCUGGGGGUCACAGAGCAGUCGUCUUGGGAAGAGAUCCUGCAGAAAUAUGACAACUUGUUUGAGCAAAAUGCUAAGAAUGGGAGCUUUUAUCUCCAAUCAAAGGUUCAUAGAGCUAAAGAAUGCUUAGAAGGAGUUUAUGAAAAGAAAGGUGAAGGAACUACAGACGCGUAGAAGCAUAACCAGUGUCAAAUGUAUUGUUCUUUUGAUAUUCUCAUAGUUGUUUAAUUGUUUACUUGGUGUGGCUACCCAAAAUUCUUUAUGACCUCCGUCAGCCUAUGUAAAUCAAAGUUCACAUUCCCUUGUGUUGCAAUGCGCUUCCCCUAAUAUUUACCAUAGUUUGUGCCAGAUUGUGAUCUUUGAAUGAUGCAUCAUGAAUUCAUGACCGUUACAUUUUAUGUAAGUUUAUUGGAAUAUCAGCAAUAAUUUCUAACACUAUGGAAGUAGCCAAUCUAAGUUGUGAGCUGAGAGCGUAAUGUGAUGCAGAUACUGUUGUAUUGCAAUAAGACGUGCUUUGGCAU